AUGCCGGGAGUUACCGUUUCGCCACUCAAUCGUGCCUUUGGCGCCAAGAUCACUUUACCCUCCUACACCAAUGAUCCUUCUAAACUUAACGAGGAAGAUUUCGAGGAGUUGAAAAAGGCUUUGCUGACUUAUUCUGUACUUGUUGUUCCAAAUCAAGCCGGGCUUUCUCCGGAAUCUCAGUAUGCGCUUACCGUAAGAUUCGAUCCUACUACUGGAGCACAUUAUGGACAUGAUGAGAAGAUCUUCCAUUCUCCAUUGUCUGUCUUGGCCAAAGAUGGUAAAUGUGUUCCCAGAAGACCAGAAGUCAUGAUGGUUGGUAAUGGAACAUUUCCUGCAGGUCAUGAAGGAAUGAAGGAGUUUUCUUUGGAACAUCCUUCUCAAAGUACUUUCCAUAAGAAGGUGUUGACCGAAGAAGAGAUUGCCAAUCACCAUACGCGGUUCUAUAGAUGGCAUAUUGAUGCUGCUUUGUACGAGUUCUCCCCACCUGUGGUGACCACUCUUCUUGGAGUGAUUGUUCCUCCAAAGACAGAGAAGCAGGUCAUCUACUACGAAGAUAGUGAUGAGAAAUUGGAAGUUUUCACUGGUGCAACUGCCUUUACAUCUGGUAAAGUAGCAUUUAGUUUGUUAUCCGAGGAAGAUAAGAAGUUCGCCUUGAACACCACUGUGGUUUACGCUCCUCACCCUUAUAUCUACAUCCAUAAUUGUAGAGCCACCUCGGAUGGUCUUACCAUGGUCUCUGAAGGUAAGGAGAUGCCUUUGGACAAGUUACCACAUUGGGAAGAGUCCAAACUGAAAAAGUUGCCGAUGGUUUGGACCAAUCCAAUCACUGGCAACCCUCAUCUAGAGUUCCAUAGCUGCUGUGUUUACAGGUUGGUGAAUUCAACGACUGGAGAGACUGUGGCAGAGCUGGAAAAGGCUCGUGAAAUCUGCCACAGAUUGAUGAGACCAGCCAUCUCUCCUGAUCAUGUCUACGCCCAUGCCUGGACUGAAGGAGACCUUUGCUUUUUUCAUAAUAGAGGAGUGAUCCAUUCCGUUACUGGUGAGAUGCCUAAAGAUGAGAAGAGGCUAAUGCAUCAGUGUAACGUGGCUAGUGGGAAAGAUCCCAAGUAA